CCCGGCUGCCCUGUCCCCAUCCGCAGCUGCAAGUGCUCAGGGGAGCGGCCCAAGGGGCUAAGUGGCGGCGCCCCCAACCCGGCGCGCAGGAGGGUGGUGUGCGGCGGCGGAGACCUCCCGGAGCCUCCCGAGCCCGGCCUUCUGCCUAACAGCACCGUUACCCUGCUCUUGAGCAACAACAAGAUCACUGGGCUCCGGAAUGGAUCCUUCCUGGGACUGUCCCUGCUGGAGAAAUUGGACCUGAGGAACAACAUCAUCAGCACAGUGCAGCCCGGCGCCUUCCUGGGUCUGGGGGAGCUGAAGCGCUUAGAUCUCUCCAACAACCGGAUUGGCUGUCUCACUUCUGAGACCUUCCAAGGCCUCCCCCGGCUUCUCCGGCUAAACAUAUCUGGAAACAUCUUCUCCAGCCUGCAACCUGGGGUCUUUGAUGAACUGCCAGCCCUUAAGGUGGUGGACUUCGGCACCGAGUUCCUGACGUGUGACUGCCACCUGCGCUGGCUGCUGCCCUGGGCCCGGAAUCACUCCCUGCAGCUGUCGGAGCGCACGCUCUGUGCCUACCCCAGCACCCUACAUGCCCAGGCCCUGGGCAGCCUCCAGGAGGCCCAGCUGCGAUGCGAGGGGGCCCUGGAGCUGCACACACACCACCUCAUCCCAUCCCUCCGCCAAGUGGUGUUCCAGGGCGACCGGCUGCCCUUCCAGUGCUCUGCCAGCUACCUGGGCAACGACACCCACAUCCGCUGGUACCACAAUCGGGCCCCCGUGGAGGGAGACGAACAGGCAGGCAUCCUCCUGGCAGCCAGCCUCAUCCACGACUGCACCUUCAUCACCAGUGAGCUGACCCUGUCUCACAUCGGCGUGUGGGCCUCAGGCGAAUGGGAGUGCUCGGUGUCCACGGUCCAGGGAAACGCCAGCAAGAAGGUGGAGAUUGUGGUGCUGGAGACCUCGGCCUCCUACUGCCCUGCUGAGCGCGUCGCCAAUAACCGCGGGGACUUCAGGUGGCCUCGAACUCUGGCUGGCAUCACAGCCUACCAGUCCUGCCUGCAGUACCCCUUCACCUCGGUGCCCCUGAGCGGGGGCGCCCCUGGUACCCGGGCCUCCCGCCGCUGUGACCGUGCUGGCCGCUGGGAGCCGGGGGACUACUCCCACUGUCUGUACACCAACGACAUCACCCGUGUGCUCUACACCUUCGUGCUGAUGCCCAUCAACGCUUCCAACGCGCUGACCCUGGCCCACCAGCUGCGAGUGUACACAGCCGAGGCUGCCAGCUUCUCUGACAUGAUGGAUGUAGUAUAUGUGGCUCAGAUGAUCCAGAAGUUUCUGGGUUAUGUCGACCAGAUCAAAGAGCUGGUAGAGGUGAUGGUGGACAUGGCCAGCAACCUAAUGCUGGUGGACGAGCACCUGCUGUGGCUGGCCCAGCGCGAGGACAAGGCCUGCAGCGGCAUCGUGGGUGCCCUGGAGCGCAUCGGGGGGGCUGCCCUGAGCCCCCACGCCCAGCACAUCUCUGUGAACUCAAGGAAUGUGGCACUGGAGGCCUACCUCAUCAAGCCGCACAGCUACGUGGGCCUGACGUGCACAGCCUUCCAGAGGAGGGAGGCAGGAGCGCUCGGCGCCCGGCCCGCAGGCCCCAGCCAGCAUCCCUUGCCUGAGCCAGAGCCCCUGGCUGACCAGCAGCUCCGCUUCCGCUGCACCACCGGGAGGCCCAAUGUUUCUCUGUCGUCCUUCCAUAUCAAGAACAGCGUGGCCCUGGCCUCCAUUCAGCUGCCGCCCAGUCUGUUCUCAUCCCUUCCGGCUGCCCUGGCCCCCCCAGCACCCCCAGACUGCACCCUGCAGCUGCUUGUCUUCCGAAACGGCCGCCUCUUCCGCAGCCAUGGCAAUGCUUCCCGCCCUGGAGCCGCCGGGCCUGGCAAGAGGCGUGGUGUGGCCACCCCGGUCAUCUUUGCAGGAACCAGUGGCUGUGGUGUGGGAAACCUGACAGAGCCGGUGGCCGUUUCCCUGCGGCACUGGGCUGAGGGCGCUGAGCCUGUGGCAGCUUGGUGGAGCCAGGAGGGGCCGGGGGGACCCGGAGGCUGGAGCUCCGAGGGCUGCCAGCUCCGCUCCAGCCAGCCCAACGUCAGCUCCCUGCACUGCCAGCACCUGGGCAAUGUGGCUGUGCUCAUGGAGCUGAGUGCCUUCCCCCGGGAGGUGGGGGGCCCAGGGGCAGGGCUGCACCCCGUCGUGUACCCCUGCACAGCCCUGCUGCUGCUCUGCCUCUUCUCCACCAUCAUCACCUACAUCCUCAACCACAGCUCCAUCCAGGUGUCCCGGAAGGGCUGGCACAUGCUGCUGAACCUGUGCUUCCACAUGGCCAUGACCUCCGCCGUCUUUGCUGGAGGCAUCACACUCACCAACUACCAGAUGGUCUGCCAGGCGGUGGGCAUCACCCUGCACUACUCUUCGCUGUCCACACUGCUCUGGAUGGGUGUGAAGGCCCGCGUCCUCCACAAGGAGCUCACAUGGAGGGUGCCCCCUCCACAGGAAGGGGACGCUGCGCUGCCUGCCCCCCGACCCAUGCUCCGGUUCUAUCUGAUCGCCGGAGGGAUCCCACUCAUCAUCUGUGGCAUCACAGCUGCGGUCAACAUCCACAACUACCGUGACCACGGCCCCUACUGCUGGCUCGUGUGGCGUCCAAGCCUGGGAGCCUUCUACAUCCCGGUGGCUUUGAUUCUGCUCAUCACCUGGAUCUAUUUCCUGUGCGCCGGGCUGCGCUUGCGGGAUCCACUGGCACAGAGCCCAAAGGGGGGCGCCAGCAGGGUCUCCCUGGAGCCAGGGGAAGAGCUGAGGGGUUCCACCAGGCUCAGGAGCAGCGGCCCCCUCCUGAGUGACUCAGGUUCCCUUCUCGCUGCUGGGAGUGCAGGGGCCGUGACACCUGGGCCUCCAAAGGAUGGUGACAGCCUCUAUUCCCCGGGAGUACAGCUGGGGGCGCUGGUGACCACGCAUUUCCUGUACCUGGCCAUGUGGGCCUGCGGGGCUCUUACCGUGUCCCAGCGCUGGCUGCCCCGGGUAGUGUGCAGCUGUUUGUAUGGGGUGGCGGCCUCGGCCCUGGGCCUUUUCGUGUUCACCCACCACUGUGCCAGGCGCAGGGACGUCCGGGCCUCCUGGCGCACCUGCUGUCCCCCUGCCUCGGCCUCCCGCGCCUCCCCGCGAGCUGUGCCUGCCGCCCCCGAGGACGGGUCCCCGGUGCUCGGAGAGGGGCCCCCGUCCCUCAAGUCGUCCCCUGGCGCGCUGGGAGAAGGAGAGCAAGCGCCGCUCGUACCGCUCAACACCGCCAGCCUGAACGGCGCCCCCAAGGGCAGCAAGUACGACGACAUCACCUUGAUGGGCGCGGAGGCGGCCGGGGGCGGCUGCAUGAAGACAGGCCUCUGGAAAAGCGAGACCACAGUCUAGGGUGGAGGCGGCCUGGCCCCAUGGGGGCCCUCAAAGACGUCUAUCGGUACGUCCCCAGGUUUGAGGCAGUAGUGCCUUGCUGCGUCCGGGCUCACCAGCUUUCGUCCUGGACCCUGAGGAAAGGAGAGGCAGAGGCUGCCACUGCCGAGGGGCCAUCCUGCGGAGUAGCGACAGACAAUCCCUGAAACUCAGGCAGGAUUCAGUUCCGUCCCAGCCCAGGCUAGUUUCGGCAGUACCUGCCGUCCAGGGGUGGGAGGGGAGGUCCUAUCAGCCUGUGGAGUGACCAAGAGUGGAAGGGACAGCACAGGUCAGAUGGAUUCCUCCUAAGGUACUCCCCACACCUGUCCACACCGUCUCACUGGCCGCCAUCAGCCCUAUCAUGCAAACAUAGAUGAUGGGAGCCUGAGAACACUUCUGUCCUCACUGCUCUCCUCUGAAGUCACCCAUCUGUGCCCAGAUACAGUUUUUGGCUUACAAGGGAGCCAGCCUACUAGAUGAGUCAGACAACCAGGGCCAAUGGGAGGGAACAAGGUGCUGCUUUUCAGAUUAACUAUGCAAGAGGAGAAGGUGGGGCGGGGUGAAAGGCGGCAGUGGGGGAAUCAACUAGUUCCAUGGAAGAGGGGCAGGUGGAAGGGUGCACAAUUAGGACUAGACACCAUUCCCACAGGACUGGCAAACCAUACAGCAGGGCUCAGAGGUGGCCUUCAGGACAAAGCCAAGGCCUGACACCUAAGAAGCUGACUGCCUGAUGCCUGGGGAUGAUCUGAGGGAAGUCGAGAGAGGUAGUGCUUAGAUCUGGGGCCAAAGCUAGUCAUGCCCUAAACCCAGUCCUACAAACCAUGCCCUUAAGAGGGGCUCCAGGGCUAGGCCGCAGCACGGGAGGAGCACUUACUGUUCAGUUACAGAACUUGCAUCCCGCCAAGGGACCGAGGAAGAGCACGUCCCUCCCUCCAUGAGGCCCCAUGGGAGAGGCGCUCCAAUCAUUGGAUCUCCAGCUCUAUAUUAAGGAGAAACUUCCAAAACAUCAAACCAGCUUCCGGCCUUAUAGAAGCCUGAGCCAAAUCCCCGAGGCAGGGGUAGGGCCCCUGCAGCUCACCUGGGGCCUCCACCCUCACUACUUUUAUUUAAACACCAGCACUCACAUUUUCCCCCAACCUAAAAAGCCACCACCAGCCUUUGAUCACAGGACCCAGCAAGAGCGGAGGGAACCUUGGGCCUUGUGAAGCCACAGGAGAACCAGGCCUGGUCCACACCCCCUCCCAGGCUCCACGUCACCACAGCCUGACCACUAAGGCGCGAGAAGACGCAGGGGUUGGGAGAAAACCCGCACGUGACGGGAUGGAUCCUGUUAUUUAUGCUUGCUGCACAGACAAUAUUAGAAAACAAAGCAAAAAGCGAAAAAAAAAAAGCUUUGUAUUAUUCGUCCACAUAUGCUGGCUGCUGUUUCCAUACCCUGCCGACGCCUUAGCACUGGAGAGCUUUUUGCAAUACGCUGGGGAGAGGGGAGGGAGGGAGGAAAAGUGCCAAAGAAAACAUGUUUUUAAAAGCUCGGGUUUUAUACAAUAGAAUGUUUUCUAGCAGAUGCCUCUUGUUUUAAUAUAUUAAAAUUUUGCAAAGCCCUUUGAGCCAUGA